AUGCUUCGACUGCCGCAGCUGAAGCGGCUGGAUUUGAAGUACUUGGACCUAUCAGAUAAUCCCAUAACGGAAAUAUCAGGGGAAGACUUUUCAGAGGUAUCAGCGUUGAAAGAGCUAAAAUUAAAUAAUUUGUGGAUCAAGGAAGUUCCCGACUACACUUUCGCAUUAUUACAUGGAUUAACAAGCUUACAACUUGAAAGAAAUAAAAAUUUAACAACCUUCAGCGAGCUAGCGUUUGGCCAAGAAGUUUUGGAUGAUGCAGAUGAUUUUGUUCUUGAAAAUUUAUCAGUCAGAGGUUCGAGUUUGAGUACUUUAUCGGAAAAAUUAGAGGUGCCAUUUGGUCAACUUAUCCACUUGGAUUUGCAGGGUAAUCUGUGGAAAUGCGACUGCAAUUUAAAAUGGAUACAAAAGCUUCAAAUUAGCGAAAAAGAAUCUAAUCAUUUACGUUGUUACACACCACACCUUCUGCACAAUAGUAAACUAAUGGAGCUCAGUGAAAAAUACCUGGUGUGUCAGAUCAACAAGCAUUAUGUUGGAGCUACAAUCGGCGUCGUCUCAGGGUGUGUGUUACUUACCAUAAUGGCGGCUUGGAUAUUCUUAUUUGUACCAAAGAAUCCGGGUAAAUUCAUUUUUGUUAAAGACGUGAAUAUGUCCACGGCUGGAUACAGUGCUCUACCAGUGCAUAUGAGUUUAAAAGAUGCAUCAUAA